AUGAGGGAAAUCUCAACCAGUGCGGAUGGGACACCAUGGCUGAUCGGAGGGGACUUCAACACGAUAUUAUCACUUGGAGAUAGAACUGGGAGUGAUACCAACCGGCAGGCCGAGAUGCUUGAUUUUGCAGAAACCAUUGAAGAUUGCCAACUCCUCGACUCAGGGUAUGAUGGUGCGGAGUAUACUUGGGCCAAGAAUGGGCUGUUCGAAAGGCUGGACAGGAUGUUUGUUAGCGAGGCAUGGACAAGAGGUUUUGAGGCAACGAGGGUGACUAACCUCCCACGAGUCUCCUCGCACCACGGUCCAGUCCUUGCUAGGUGCAAGAUGGGGAGAACUCCAUCCGGAGGUAGCUCCUUCCGCUUCCAAAAUAUGUGGGUUCGACAUGACGAUUUUAAGAAACUAAUGCAAGACACUUGGGAGCAAUCGACGGGAGCGACCGGACUCCUCAACCUCCAAAUCAAAUUAUCACGGACUAAGAAGGCCCUAAAAGGCUGGAAUAAAGAGGUAUUUGGUAACAUUCAUGCCAACCUCAAAAGCAUGGAAGACAAAAUUGCUAAAGAUCAAGUCGGGUUUGAGGAGUACCCAACCCCCCGGAACAGGUCAGAGAUCAACAAGAGCAUAGCCGAAUACAUUCUUCUUCUUAUAAUGGAGGAGGACUUCUGGCGUCAAAAGGCGGCAUUGAGGUGGCUUGCGGAGGGUGACAAGAACACGAGAUUUUACCAAAGUUGGGUGAAACAGAAGAGUGUCAGGCGCGCAUUCACUCGGUCCAAGCAAAUGGUCGGGAGAUUGUGA